GAUACACCCAAGAGUUUCUCUUAAAACGUGAUGCAUUUUUUCCUGCAAUGUAUAAUCUUCUUGUCUGUGUGUCGAAGUGUGUUGGCCUGUUAAAGAUUUUCUUUCCGGAAUUUCAGAUCAAACGAGAAACGUUCUGUUAUUCAUUCUCCAUGGAUAGUUUACUUUAUUCGUCGUAUUACAGCAUAUUUUUGACAUCAGUAGACUAGACAAGCUGUUUAGGUGCCAAAUUCAACAGUUGAGAGCCGUGGAACAACUUCGGAAGGAAAAAAAACGUCCAUAGGGGAAGUAUAUAUUGAGUAACAGAGUGUGGAGGGGAAUCUCAACAUGACAACAUCAACGACCUCAUGGGCGCUUCUAAGUGAUCCUUCAAGAAGCAACAUGUCGGACGUCAAUGACAGGGACCCGAAGCCGAUGGGACUUGACUCGCCAGAUUGCGUACUGGCGACGGUGUCCGGGAUACUGGUUGUCAUCAUGGCACUCGCCAACCUAAUCAAUGUGCCUUACUUUGUCAAAGGGGAUGGUACGUGCCUAAAGCCUGUUACCUUCUACAUCAUAGGUCUCAUGAUUGUCAAUCUCGGCAUCGCCUCAGUGUGUCAGACGAUGAUGACGGUAAUCGUGUACCUGGGACGAUGGCCGUUCAGCUACAUCAGCUGUAGCAUCUUUGACUUCCUUCGCCUUGUCCUCGAAAAUACAGGAGUCUGGCUUAUGGUGCUGAUCAGUCUCGAUAAACUACAGCUUCUUUGCUACGACUACCCUCGAUAUGUACGAGUCAAAAGAAAACGAAGGAUCGUAUUUGAGGUCGUAAUGACUUUUGUGACCCCAAUGUUGUUUCAUCUCGGGGGCUACAGUUUGUGGAUUCUGACGACGACAUCGGAAGAGCGUGCCGAUGAUCACAGCCCUGAUUGCCAAGACAUCCCCGCCGAAGUGGACAUUCCUUUUGUUGUGAUUGGUGCGACGAUCAACAUAUUCAUUCCCGGCCUCGCGAUAAUGGUCAUGAAUUCUGUAGUGUUUUAUAAGAUCAAGCAGCGGUUGAAGAAGCGAAGAAAGGUUGGGAAUGGACCACUGCCAAAUGCAGGACAAAUGGGACAGAUCCACAGAACUGACCCGUCCUCUUCACAUUCAUCCAAAAUACAACAUCGACAUACAAACAUUUUAGAGAAUCGGGCUGAAAUGCAAGCGUCGACAACAAAAAAUACGGUCGUAACGACUUCAUGGUUGUCAGCAGAUAAAGCCACAGAUCAUGCAGAUCAGUCAGAAGUAGCGAAUUCUGACAAAAGGAACAAUGUCUUGGCUAAGAAGAAUUAUCUGGAUACCGAAUAUCGGCGGUAUAUCCGUCCUGCCGUCACACUUGCAGGCCUUGUUGCCACAUUUUCAAUUUGUUGGUUUCCUUUAGCCAUCUACCACAUCUAUGUCCACGUGUUUUGUCCAUCUUGCUUCAACGUGAAGACGCAAAUAUGGCUCAGAUGCUUGAUGUAUGCCAACAGUGCCCUAAAUCCAUUCAUUUACAUCUCCACCAACCGACAGAUCAGAAAGUUUCACGGGAAAAUGUUCCGAAAAGUAAUGUCACGGUGGACCUUGUUCUGGGAGUGACAACUUGCAUGAAAGGUUUCUCGAAAUGAAAGAGAAAUGACAAUGAUAUAAUGUAUUGGUGUAUCGCUUGUAUCCCAGUCAAAAUGCAAUAUAACAGUCUAGCUACAGUUUGCUUUGAGCUAUUGAGCUAGGAUUGAGGAUAAAUCAAUCAUUUUUUACGAUAAGCGGAAUUUGCAGGUGAAUCGUUUGUAUCCCAAUUGAAACUUAAGAGGAUACAAUUCAACUCCCACAUUUAACUCACAUUAUGAACUAUCAUCAUGAUUAGGCCUACUAAUUCCGAACAGAACGUUGUCGACUGAGACGUGAAACUGUUCUGCUAUGGUCAUAUGGAUUAAAAUCAAGUUUUAAAGUCAGUACCUAAUUGUCUGUCGUUGUGAGUUAAAAGUCUUAGAAUAUACAUAAUUGUAACAAUUUGAAUGAGGAAAGACCAUUUAUAGGACUGCCCGCCGUACUUCAUUUCACUUUUUUUCUAAUAAAGAAUAAUCAUGCAUAAUUAAAGGAGAAGUUCGCCCUGACGAAAAGUUUGUUAUAAAAAUAGCAGAAAAAAUGAUUAAAAAAUGUUAUUGAAGGUUUGCGGAAAAUAUAUUAACGAUUAAAGAAAUUAUUAGAAUUUUAAGUUUUUUAUUUGUGACGUCAUAUACGAGCAGUUGCCCUUACAUAUGCGUUAUGUAAUAGAAAAUGCAUACAUUUCAUUUUUUUAAUGGUUCAUGAUGACUAAUAAUUUUCUUCUUUUAG